AUGCGAAUCCUUCAAAAACCUGACACAAUUACUGAAUCAACGCCAUUAAUUCGUGGUACACAUACAAAUUUAAAUGCUCCAUUGCUAUCACCUAGCUACGCAGCAUCAUCACCUUCAUCCUCUGCGUUCUCUCCAUUUACUAUUCCGUUCAAUGAAGAUGAUGAUGAAGAAGAAGAAGAAGAACCAAAAGAUGAACAUAAUCCUCCUCGAUCUAGUAACUUAUCAACGCUCUUAGUGCAUCAAGACAAAGACGAUGAUCUAGUGAGUGAGGGCGAAGAUAUGAGUUAUCGUGAGAAUCAAUACGCGUAUUUUGCAUCCCCGGCUAAAAUCCUUGGCUCUGCUUGUGUCAAAGGAGAUUAUUUUCAAGCUCAGAUUGCUGUAGAAAUGGUUGUAAGUGAAGCUAUUCUUCGAGCUACAGAGAAACAGGAACAGGUGAAAGAAGAUGAGAAGACCGAGAAAGUAAUUGCACAAGCAACGAAGCGACGAGUGGCGGAAAGUAUUUUUCGUCUUUUGACAGUGCAUGAAGCACGGCAUGAGAUGAAUGCACUGCAUCUUGCAGUGCUGUAUGAAUACCCAACGGUAGUAACGUACUUGGUGUCCGUGGCGAAAAAAUAUUUGCCAAAAGAGGAGAAAAUUGCGUUAACGAAGAUGAGGAAGAGACAUAUUUAUUCACGUACAAAUGGACACGGUACAAUUGAGUGUGUGUCGGAUAAAGACGAGAUGGAAGGGAUGGAUGAAGAGACAAACAGUAUUGCCAGUACGGAGACUCAGGAAUUGGAAAAGGAGGAACGUCGUUGUAACACACUGCAGGAUUUUCUGGAUAGUCAAUGUGGAGAAUCCAAGCAUCGUGCAACAGCACUAAUGUUGUGCACGUCAGUGGCAUGUGCAACCACAUUGAUUGAGUCUGGAGCAUCGUUGAAUGCGAGGAACUCGUCUGGGAUGACGGCAAUGCACUAUGCGGCAAGUACGGGCAACGCAGCACUUGUGAGUCUGCUUGUGUCUUAUGGAGCUGAUGUAAAUCAAACAGACAGCCGAGGAGCUACGGCACUACAUUGGGCUGUUUUCGAGGGAUUUCAAUACACAGCGAUGUUACUUGUAGGAUAUAAAGCGAACCAAAAAAUUUGCGAUUCCGAAAAGCAGACGCCACUUAUGAUCGCCAGUGCUCUCGGAGAUGCAUUUCUUGCCAAACAGCUUGUCAUUGAAGGAGCACCAGUUAAGGCCAAAGAUAAACAUGGUAGAACGGCGAUAGAUAUUGCACGACAAGGAGCUCAUUUUGAUACGGUUAGUGCUUUGAAGGCUGGUGCAUCAGAUCGAUUGGUGGCCUGGGCUUCGCGCAAAGGUGUCUCAGUGCUUUUCUUUUUUGGAAUGGUAUUUACGACAGCAACGCUAUCGCUCGUUUUUGCAGUGCCGUGUUUGCCGCAUCACUCUCCGGCUCACAUAGUUCGAUACCAGACAGCAGGGCUGGCAUAUGUGACCUUUACGUGUAUCAUUUACGUGUACGUUUGCAUCAAGGACCCGGGGUAUGUGCCACGCUCGACGCGCCCCGCUUACGAACUGUUAGCGACGGAGGAUAACGUCGUGCCAUGUCCAACCUGCGUCACACGCAAGCCGCAGCGUUCAAAGCACUGCUCGGCCUGCAGGCGCUGUGUGCAUCGCUUCGAUCACCAUUGUCCAUGGAUCAACAACUGCGUGGGAAUCGGCAACCACCGUAGUUUUCUGAUUUUUCUUGCCACGCUGUCAAGUUUCUGCUUCACUAUCAGCACAAUAUCGCUGAGUAUUUUGCUGGGUUAUUUUCCUUUGUACCCGCCUGCCCCCAUCAAUGGAGUUGAUCCUGGCAGUUCUGCGUUGUUGCCGUGGCGAUGGUUGCAACCACCUCGAUGGGCGUCGGCUGGAAACUCAAAUUCGCAUGUACAGUCUUCAACUUUUCUACUUCAUAGUAUCCACGCUAUCCUCGUACUCUGUGGGUUUAUCUUUGGUAUGCCGACAGUGACAUUGUUAGUCAUCCAGCUGCGCAAUGUAAGCCGCAAUAUUACGACGAACGAAGUCUUUAACAAGGACAAAUAUCCAUAUUUAAAGACUUCUACAGAUGAGUUUUACAAUCCGUUUGAUCGCGGUUACUCACACAACUUUGCCGAGGUCUGUUGCGGUGAAAUCCCGAUCAACGAGUAUGACAAAGGUGAAGGUUGCGAAUUAAAAGGGUCUUUGUUGCAGGAGCACAGCGAACUUUACGAGCGAUGA